AUAUUCACGAUUAGAUAAAUGGUCCUCCGGUUAUAAAAUAACAUCUAAUGAUAUAACUCGUUAUGAUAAGAUUGCUCCGCUUUGUUUAAUCGUCAACCACUCUGUGCACUGUUGUCUUUCACACGGGUCGUGUUUACUUGAAAUACUAUAUGAGUUUCCGUGUUAAAAUGAAUCCUUUCACAAAAAUCACUAUUAAAUUUAAAGACUUUUUGAGAUAUACUUAUUUUAGAAGAAAACACCUUCGCUCCGACGCGAAAGAGGAUGAGAUACAGGGGACGGUCACCAUGGAAUUUGUGGAUUUGGAAAGAGAAUACACACCGGUGCUGUGGUCGAACCGGUUAUAUACCCCGGAGCAUCGCCUCAACUUGCACAUCAACCUUGUAACAGCAGAGAGCGAAAUAGCCACAAAUAACGUUCCACACAAAUUGGAGAUUGAGUACGGAUCAACGCCCGGACAGAAGCUGGACAUUUUCGGUACCGACCUCCCGAAUGAAUCUCCAAUUCUCGUGUUCAUUCACGGUGGAUACUGGCCGGACGUGUCUCGUGAAAUAUCACGUUAUCCAGCAAAAUCCCUCUACCCCGCCGGCGUUAAGACAAUAAUUGUUGGUUAUGAUCUCUGUCCCGCGGUCACGCUUGCUGAGGUCGUCAAUCAGAUACAGAACGCUGCGAGAUACAUCUUCGAAUACGCUGAGAAGAUGAAUUCUAGAGGCGUUUACUUCGCGGGACACGGAACGGGAGCGCAUCUGGUAGCGAAACUCCUGGCCAGUUCCGAAUUUUUCGAAAACACGCCCGAUUCACACCACCUCCAGGGAGCCUUCCUUAUUUCAGGACUGUACGACUUACGGGAAGUCGUAAAUACAUCAGUCAACAGAUCUGUGCAACUGCCUCAUGAGUGGGCAGUGCCGCUGUCCCCUCAAUUCGAUUGUUUCUCCCACUUACAGUCGCGAAGGAUCAGAAUUUACAUUUUUGCCGCCCAAAACGACAGCCCGACUUUCAAGAGGCAAUCGAGAGAGUUCUAUGAGCUCCUACACAAUACGUGCUUAAUGCAGAACAUGUAUUUGGAGAUCAAAGACGAUAUGGAUCAUCACGAAAUAGUCGAGUGCUUCGCGAACAGCAACAACUACCUCAAGAACUUGUUGAUUCAUGAUAUUCGUAAGCACAUAUGACGCGACCUUAAAUAAUUAACAGCCUAUAUCAGGGUUUCCCAAACUUAUUUUGUCUACUGCCCACUUUGAGAAUAAUAUUAUUUUUUAGCGCCCCCAUUUUUUCACCUACUUAA